CGAGAGUAAGGAGGAAAGAGAGGAGGAAGAUGCGGAGGCGUCGUAGAUGGAAAACGCCGGACCAAUCACGACGCGGGGAGCGAGCAAAGGCCGCGCCGAAAGACUCGCAUUAGGUCAAAUGGCAAAUCGUAAACCGGCGAACCGAAACAAGAAUAUAUGGCCCCCGUCCCCACCGCCCCCGCCUCCUCUCUUCCGCCUCCUCCUCCCUCAGAUAUCUGCCUUAUUAGGCAACUUCCUCCAUUUUUCCCUCUCUAAUUGCUCCUUUUAAAACCCUUCUCUUCGUUCCAUACUGCACAUCAUGGCCAGUGAGGGCGAGGAAAUACAGGCUUUGAAUAUGGUGUACCCGCCGUCGGCGUCAUCGCGGUCGUCAUCGUCGACUCGUCAGAGCCCCAUCGCUAUCGAUGAUGUCGAGUCCUCCCCCGACUCCCUCGUCCCCAUCAAAUCCACCGUUAGCGGCUCUCGUACUCCUCAGAGCAUCGAAGCGGCCGUCAAAGUUGAGGAGAAUGUGGUUGCGAAGGAGACGAAGGCAAAACCACCCUCGAGCGUCACCGCACCUGGCAAACCCGUGUCUACCACGACCGGCGCCAAACCGAAGUCCACCAGGCCCACUCUCCCUCGCUCUCCCUCGCCUGCUCCUCCUGCUCUCCCUAUCCGCCCACCCUUGCAAACAAUUCGUUUAGAUAUACCGCUUGGUGGUCCGGAAGAUUAUGAGGUCGACAUUGCCUCGCUCUCUAAUGUCGCAGGCCAGCGCCCACCGACACCUGUAAUUGUUCUCAAGGGAGAUAUCAGUGAUGAUAGCCACAGCGAGGGCGACGAUGAGGGCGAUGGCAAAUCUGAGAAAAGGAAGCGGAGAAAGAGGAAGAACCUCUCAUCUGAGUACUACGACACCACCGACCCCUUCAUCGAUGACUCUGAGCUGGCUCAAGAUGAGCGCAAGUUCUUUGCGCAGACGAAACAGAAGGGCUUCUACGUAUCAAGCGGGCAAGUUGCGCUGCUGAAUAAGACGCCAACUAAGAAGCCAAAGUCCAAGAAGUUGAACAUUCUCGCCCCUGCUGCCUCCGUCACUGCUGCACUGUCUUCCGGGCCUCUACCUCCAUCCCUUGCAGGCCCACUGUCGAUCCCGUCACAGCCAAGCACCUCCAAAGUAUCCUCACCGAAGAAGAAGGAGCACGGCACACGGGAGGAGCCUAUAGCGCUCUUGUCGGAUACGGAAGAGGAGCGCUCCGGCUCGAAGCGUAAGCUGGUCGCAGAGAUCAGCUCGUUCACAAAUACGCUGAGCACUCCGUCAGAGGGUAGUUCGAAGAAGAGGCGGAAGACCGUCGAGAUCCAACCGUUCCACCCCGAGCUGGAGGAGAUGUUUGUUGCGAUGAAGGCGGCGAUUGCCAAAGAGAACUGGGAAGUAAAGGGGAAAUUCCCGCCAUCACUUAAACCCAUGCUCGCCCAAAUCUCUCUGAAGGCGGUCAUCCUGGGCGAGUACGACGAUAACUUCUUCAAUAUCAUGCCUCGGCUCUUUCCAUAUAAUAAGUUCACCAUGACGAAACUUAUCAAACGGACAAUAUGGCGCGAGCACACAAAUCUCCUCAUGGAGCGACAGAACACGCUCUUGAAGGAGCUCAAGGUGCUCGCGGACGAAGGCUUCCCCAAGGCGAAAGAAGAGUGGGAGAAGAAUGUUCGACAAUGGGAGAAACGCCAGGAGCGCGCCAAGUUAGCAGCAGAGACCGAGACAGGGGGCGCGGAGGGGUCGCCCAGCGCUGCGCCCUCUGUCGAGGGCACACCCGUCGCGUCCGACUCGCAGCCGACGCCGCGGAUGAGCGUGUCCGCGCUGGCUCAGCGCGGCUCGGUGGAUGAGGCCGGAGACGAGACUGGGCUCGAGCACGAGGAUGGCCCGGGGGGCCGGGGGAAGGACUCGCAUGCCCCCGGGAAGAAGUACAGGCUCACGGACACGAUGAAGGCGAUUAUAUGGCAGCUUGUGUGCUUGAGCAAUGAGUGCUGUCGGAUCGAGAAUGAGAAGAAUGCGCUGGAGGGUUCAAAUCAGGUGGUGAGUGAUCAGGGUGUAAGGAAGACGCUGUACCAAAGGAUUGUCAAUGCAUUCCCUGAAGGUUGGUUAUCCUCGGGCCAGAUCUCUCGUGAGGUGAGCGUAAUGAAGAAGAAGUACGAGAAAGAGGUCAUGGAGAACGAGGCAUGACUUCACUGCCGAGCUCAUAUCCUCUCCUCUUUCCUCAGCCUCCGCCCCCGACACAUUUCCCUGCCACCGCCGUUCUUUCCAUUCAGCACUUGGCUUCUGUACGUCUCCUACUACACUACUCGAUCGCGAUGGACGCGUGUACACCAACCAUCUUCGCUAUUCGUACUGUAUUCCUGCCUGUUGUUGUAAUACACCGAAGCAUCCAACGCCCUGUUGUGACUCAUACGUUGGCGUAGGUUUGCCGACAUGAAUGAAUUCAAGUGAAUUUCAUACUUUAGAAAUGGG